AUGGAAGCAAAGAGUUAAACUUAAAAAAGCAAAUACUAUGAACAAGGGAUAGAAGUAGAAGCAUAGAUAUUAGAAAAAGUUUGUGGUUUUAUUUACAAUGUUGAUAUAAUGAGCUUCUCAUAAAAGAUUGUAUCAAAUUAAUAACUUGUAAAUAUUCAUACGAUAAAAUGUGGUAAUUAUGAAUAACCAUCUAUUGUUUUGCUGCAUGGUUAUGGAGGAAGUAGCAUGGGAUACUAUAAAAUAAUAAAAAAGCUAAGUAAAAAUUAUAAAGUAUUUGCAUUUGACUGGCCUGGAAUGGGUUUAUCUGAUAGGUGGAACUUUUAACUGGAGUAGAAUAAUCCUACUCAAGUAAUUGAAUUUUUUGUUGAUAUUUUAGAAAAAUGGAGAAUUGCUUGUGGUAUAGAGAAUUUUACUGUUGUAGCUCAUUCUUUUGGUGGAUAUAUAGCAUCUCAUUAUUAUUUUUAAUAUCCUGAAAGAAUUAAUUAGGUUUUUUUACUCUCACCUAUGGGAGGUACAAAAAAGCAAUUAAAUGAUUAAAAUGUAGAAUAAACAAAAGAAUUCUUGGAAAAGACUGAAGAAGAGCAAUAAGAAAUAGAAGAAGAAGAAUAAGAUAAUGGUAUACUAAAUUACAUAGCUAAUUACUUAUCUAGUAGUGCUAAAUAAAAUAGAUAUACACCUUAAUCAGUUUUAGAUAAAUGGUACAUUCCAAAAAAUUAUAUUUUGAAAACAGUAGUUAAUAAGUCUUUGAAAAACGAAAGUAAUGAAAACAAACUAUUGUUUGUUAAAUACUUUUAAUCUAUAUUUAAUCUACCCAGCUGUGAUGACUCUUAUAUACAUGAUCUUGUUGAUUAUCCAAGCUUAGAUCCCUAAAUAUCUCUUGAAGAAUUGUUCUCUUCAAAUGAGUAUAUAAACAGGCCUCAUUAUAUGAAAAAAGAUUUUUACAUUUUGUAUGGGGAUAACGACUUUAUGGAUUCAUAAGGCUGUGAAAAUCUAUUCAAUUAGAAUAUACUCUCAGGAUAUGUUUUAUAUUUACAUGAUUCCUCGCAUGGAGUGAUGAUAGAUGCUCCUAAUCAAGUACUAUCCAUAAUUAAUAAACCAAAAAAAUGUUAUGUGUAUCCUUAUGUAGAUCCUAUAAUUUUCUAAAAAUUUGAUAAUGAAGAGGAAAUAUUGCUAAACGAAUAAAAUUUAGUAGAAAUUUGUUUAAAUGAAUAAAUUGUUGAUGAGCCAUCAAUAGAUGAAUAAAAAAUUCUGAAUAAGAUAAGAUGA